GUGUAGUGUUAGGAGAAUGAAUAUAUCAGUAACAUUAAUCAAUCAACAAACCAGACCGAGUGCAGUUUUUUAUUCCGUUUCUCACUUUUAUCAAUGUAGAAUGUAAGCAAUCGAAAACCGCAGUAAUACCGUACACGACGUCAACCUUUCGGCAGCAAUCUCGCGCAUUAUACGUUCAGUUCCAAUCGAGGUCAAUUUUCGGUGGUGCCAAAUAGCUUUAGGUAUAGCAAAGCAGCUGGUGAAAGCCAUCGAUCUCUCGGAUAGGGGCCAAAUUGUAGGAAUCCGACGGAUACCAUGUUUCGAUUACGAGUUAAAAUCUUCUACAUCUACAUUAUCAUAUCGUUUAUGCUGUCGGUGUACCUGUUCUACUUGAUUUCGAAGUACUCGGUGGAGAAAUUUAUGAACUACCAGCGCAGUGUGAGAAGUAGCAAAUUCCAGGACCGUCCUCGGAUACCGCAGAUUGUGGGUCACUACGUUGGCAUUGGAGCGGUGGGGAAUGUUUCGAGGGAUUUCCUCAAUACCAACAAUUUCUCUCCGGUGCCGGGAGUGGGAGAGAAUGGAAACCCGGUGGUUAUUCCAGCGAAGGAUCUGCUGCAGAUGCAGCAACUGUUUCAGAUCAAUCGGUACAAUUUGCUGGCCAGUGAUCGGAUGGCGUUGAAUCGUUCGCUACCGGAUGUACGGAAAACGAAGUGCUUGUCCAAGGAGUAUCCUUCCAAGCUGCCAACGACGUCAAUUAUUAUCGUCUUCCACAAUGAAGCGUGGUCUGUGUUGCUUCGGACGGUUUGGAGUGUGAUCAUUCGGUCACCGCGGCAUUUGAUUAGGGAGAUCUUGCUGGUGGAUGACGCCAGUGAUAGGCGGUUUUUGAAGAAUGAGUUGGAAAAUUACGUUCAGAAGCUUCCAGUUGUGGUGAGCAUUUUGCGACUGAACAAGCGAGAAGGUUUAGUGGCUGCUCGGUUGAUGGGAGCUCGUGUUGCGACGGGAGACACUUUGACAUUCCUUGAUGCUCACUGUGAGUGUUCUCCGGGUUGGUUGGAACCGCUGCUGGCUCGGGUGCAGGAGAAUCCGAGGAAAGUCGUCUGUCCGGUGAUUGACAUAAUUUCGGAUGAUAAUUUCUCGUACAUCAAAAGCUUCGAGUUCCACUGGGGAGCGUUCAACUGGCAGAUGCACUUCCGGUGGUAUACCUUGAGCGACGAGGAGCUGGCGGAAAGACGGAAGGAUACAACACUACCGUUCCAUACGCCGGCCAUGGCCGGAGGACUGUUUACGAUCGACCGGAAGUAUUUCUUCGACGUUGGAGCGUACGACGAGCGGUUGAAGAUCUGGGGCGGAGACAAUCUGGAGAUGUCGUUCCGGAUAUGGCAGUGUGGGGGUGAAAUCGAGAUAGCUCCCUGUUCGCAUGUGGGACACCUGUUCAGGAAGAGUUCACCGUACACUUUUCCGGGAGGAGUCAGUGGGAUUCUUAACGAGAACCUCGCUAGGGUCGCUCUUGUGUGGAUGGAUGAUUGGGCCAAGUUCUUCUUCAAAUUCAACAAGGGCACAGAGGAGUUCAAAAGCCUGAAUGUAUCCUCCCGUGUGGCGCUCAAAAAGCAACUAAACUGUAAAUCUUUUGACUGGUACCUGCGGAAGAUUUGGCCCCAGAACUUCUUUCCCGCACCGAACAAAUUCUUCGGAAGAAUUCAACCCAUCGAUCUCAGCACUUUCGACCAUCAGGAGUACAUCACCCUGAUGAAGAAGAUCAACCUGAUAGUAAAGAACCUUAAUCCAGAGAUGAAAUGGAAGUUUCUCAUCAAAUAUCUCUCGGAGAAUGUGAAGAAAAUCGGUGACGCAAUGAAAAUAGCCAAACACACGCCCUACUGUUUGCAGAAGCCCAAAUCCAAUACGAUCGUAAACCAACCGUACGGUCAAUCGUUUCUCAAAAAGUGCUCGCUGCUGAUAAACGUCCUCGACGAGCAAUUCGUGAUUGAUGAAUAUGGCCGUAUUAUGACGGACGAGGGUGUCUGUUUGGAUUCGUUCCGGAAGACUUCGAUCGAUGGGGAAGCAGUGGUCGAAGAAGCCAAAAAGAUCAAGAUGGUGACCUGCGGCAGCAAGAAGCCCGCUCAACGCUGGAUCUACGAGACCGACACGUACCACGUGCGGAACAUGAAUAGCGAGCUCUGCCUAGAGCGGGGCGUUACGUUGAUUAAGGACGAUCCCGAGGACAAGUUGGAGGUGUUUCUCAAUCCGUGUGACGUGAGGAACGAGCUACAAAAGUGGAUGCUAUUCCCGGUGGCUUGGAAGUAGGGCCGGAGGCGGAGCAAUAAUUUCAAUGCACUAGUUAACACAAGCAUGUAAAGCACACUCACAAAACACACCCUGCGACGCUCUCAUAGAUUAAUUUUAAAAUGCUCAAAUGCUACAGUAUGUUCAAGACUCUCUUGAAGCGAACAAUUAUCAGACUGCGAUUGAGAAGUAAAACAAACAAAACGUAAGAUAACAUGCCAUUCCGAUAUUACAGACUAAUGGGUAAUUUUUAAGAAUUCAUAAUAGGUGUACUUAAUUAGUUUGUGUUCUAUUUAAAACAAAAAAACGGUCGAAAUGUUAUGAUUCUGUUUACUUUGCGUUUUUCUCUUCAACUGUUUCCCGUUAGCAUUCGUUAAGAAGUUGAAAAGUUAGUUGUUUCAGGUUUCCGUUAGAUCAUUCAUUAUGGAUAAGUUUUGAUCUGUGAUAUUAAAGCAUUCGAGAUCUAUUGA